AUGUGCCAGAAUAACCAGACCAAGGUUACUGAAUUUGUACUUUUGGGAUUCUUCAGCUUCCAGGAUUUCCAGAUUUUGCCCUUUCUCCUAUUCCUUCUCUUCUUUAUUGUAAUCCUGAGCGAGAAUUUCCUCAUUGUUUUACUAAUUUCUGUAAGUCAGAACCUGAAACAUCCUAUGUACACUUUCUUAAAAAACUUGGCUCUUGCGGAUAUCCUGUCCACAUCAAAUGCCGUAUUUCCCCUGCUAGACGUCAUUCUGAGGAAAAUGGGGAGGAUACACGUCUACCAUUGUAUAUUUCAGUAUUAUAUUCUUUGUUUCUCAGGGUUUACACAGUCACUUCUCCUAAUAGUUAUGUCACUCGACAGGUAUCUAGCUAUCUGCCAUCCUUUACGUUACGCCAUGAUUAUGAAUCCAAAAAACUGUUUGCAGCUGGUUUGUUCUUCUUGGUUUGUAGCCUUUAUACUCAUAACAAGUGAGAUUAUAUUAAUGUACCAGCUAGAGUUUUGUGAAUCCAAUGUCAUUGACCAUUUCUUUUGUGACAUAGCUCCAAUCCUGCAGCUUUCAACUUCAAACAUUGCCUUGGUUUCCUGGUAUGACUUUGUGUUAUCACUGUUUAUGAUAUUUCUUGCAUUUAUGCUUGUUAUUGUUUCUUAUAUUUGUAUCAUUGUCGCCAUUCUCAGAAUGUCUUCUGUGAUCGGCCGCAGAAAAGCUUUUUCAACGUGCAGCUCUCACCUGGCUGGUGUCUGCACAUAUUAUGGAACUCUAGUUGCGAUAUAUUUGGUGCCAUCUUCUAAAAAUUUGCGGGAUGAAAACAAAUUUCGGACUUUAAUGUACACUGUGGUAACCCCCAUAAUGAAUCCUAUUAUUUACAGCUUCAAAAACCAGGAGAUUACUGGGGCCAUGAAGAAGCUCUUUAUGUAUAAGAAAGAAAAAUGUAAAACACUCAAAUAA